CCUGGAGCGAGCGAAGGCAGCCCUCCGCCACGGCGCCGCCUCGCCGCCCUUCUCCUCCUCCCCUGGCGCGCCCUCCUCUUCCUUUCCCUUCCCUCCCGAGGGGGCGGUCCGGACGCUGCUCGCCCCUCCCACCCCGGCUUGGCCCGCUCUGCAGCCGCCGCCGCUCGCUCGCUGCCUCCUGAAUUUCUUCCGGCGGGCUUUGGCGCGCCUAUCGGACUGGAGCCGGCGCGGACGUGCGGGAGGCAGCCGUGGAGCGGGGCGCGCAGCGGGCGCCGUAACUGGGUUUUGUGGAUUAUUUGGUCUUCUCCAGUCAGUGUCAGCUGUUGUGCCCUUCAGAAGCUGAAUGGACAUUUCAUAAGCAAAACUCAUUCCAGUGUUCUUGAAAAAAUGUCAGCCGAUAUACCAUUCAACAUCAAUAUCAAAGAGCCUCGCUGGGAUCAAAGUACGUUUAUUGGACGAGCGAGCCAUUUCUUCACCGUCACUGAUCCUAGGAAUAUUUUGUUGUCCAAUGAGCAACUAGAAAAAGCAAGAAAAAUUGUGCAUGAUUACAGACAAGGAAUUCCAUGCCCUGGAUUAACAGAAGAUGAACUAUGGAGGGCAAAAUAUAUCUACGAUUCAGCCUUCCAUCCAGAUACUGGGGAAAAGAUGGUUUUAAUUGGCCGCAUGUCUGCUCAGGUGCCCAUGAACAUGACCAUUACUGGCUGCAUGAUGACCUUUUAUAGAACUACUCCAGCAGUGGUCUUCUGGCAGUGGAUUAACCAGUCGUUCAAUGCCAUCGUAAAUUACACCAACAGGAGUGGAGAUGCUCCCAUUACUGUCAGCCAGCUGGGAACAGCCUAUGUUUCUGCCACCACAGGUGCUGUUGCAACUGCUCUAGGACUUAAUGCACUAACAAAGCAUGUCUCACCUCUUAUAGGACGUUUUGUUCCUUUUGCUGCUGUAGCUGCUGCUAACUGCAUAAAUAUCCCAUUAAUGAGGCAAAGGGAACUAAAGUAUGGUAUUCCCAUUACAGACGAAAAUGGAAACCGAUUGGGUGAAUCGUCCAAAGCUGCCCAACAGGCCAUUGUGCAGGUGGUUAUCUCACGGAUCCUUAUGGCUGCUCCUGGCAUGGCCAUUCCCCCGUUCAUAAUGAAUUCUUUGGAAAAGAAGGCAUUUUUAAAGAGGUUUCCAUGGAUGAGUGCCCCCAUUCAAGUGGGUUUAGUUGGCUUCUGUUUGGUGUUCGCAACACCUCUGUGCUGUGCAUUAUUUCCACAAAAAAGUUCCAUGUCUGUAACUCGUCUGGAGCCAGAAUUACAAGCCAAGAUCCAAAAGAGCAACCCUGAAUUGGAGCGUGUGUAUUUUAACAAAGGGUUAUAAUUUGUAGAAGGCAAAAUAUCCCUCAAUGACAAUUAGGUGAACUUAUUUUAAAUUGUGAGAAAGCCUUGUUGAAGACAACUCGGUCCUAGUGUAUUAUUUCAAUUUUACACUUUUUUUUUUUUAGCACUGAGGUUAUUUAAGCAUUGCAAUAUAAUUUUCCUAAUUAUGGCCUCAAAUUGCUGUCGAUGCCAUUACUUCCAUGUCCACUUUGUUUUUCUGCUGCCAAUAUUUAAAACAGUUCCCAUUAACUACUCUCAAGAAGCUAAAGAUAAGAUUCCUUUGGAAAAUGUUGCAGACAGAAGGAGAUCACAGAAUGCUAUUUUAGAUUUGCUGCCUUUCUCAAUUUUGCCCUGCAGUAGGGUUGCCAUACGUCUUGGAAUUCCAGGACAUGUCCUCUUUUGGGGGGGUCCUCCAUGCCCAUCUGGGGGGAUUUUACAUUUUAAAGAAAAUGUCCUGGAUUAUUUUUUUGUUUGUUUGUUUUUUAAAAAUGUGCUCUUGUUCAGGCUCCGGUGUGGACGACCCAGGCUCUGGCUUCAACCCUUAAAAAGCUCAACAACUUUUUGUGUCUGAAUUUUUACCUCUUGAAAUAUGGCAACCCUACCUUACAGGAAAGCAAAGAGCAAGUUCAUCUUUGCUAUUAUAUUUAUACCUACAGUUCAGGUGGUAAUUCUCCAUCAGAUUCCUUUCCUCAAAGGCCCAGAGUGUGAAUGUGUGGUUUGCAUUUUAAUACUGGGUUCAUAAGUUGCCUUAUCAAAGUUAUGUAACAUGUAUUUGGGGAUGGGUGGGAGAAGUGUGAUGGGUGGGGGAACUUGAAUGAUGUAGAGCAAAGGAAAGCUAUCUUCCCCCAUCACUUCUGAAAUCACCUAACUAAUACAGUGAAAGGAAACUGGUAAUCACAGAAAACAUAGCCUCUUAUAGUGUGCAAAGUUCCCACAGAUGGGGCAAACUCACCAAAUUCCUCCAAAUUGCAUUGGAGCCUAUCCAAGUGUUGCGCAGGGUACAUGGUGCAGUCCUCUCAUUAGGGGUUGCAUUUUAAAUGUGUCACAUGUUAAAACGUGUGCAUAUAAAGUUAGUAUACUAUGCUAACUCUCUGGGUGCAGAUAAAACCACCCUGUUCAACGUGUGAAUUCACUGUUAGUCAUGGUGCCUGGCAUACUGCAGCGUCGGGCAGGAUCCUAAUGGUUGCCAAACUUAAUUUGUGCUGCUUAAUUAGUGGCAGUUGCCAAAUUCUUGGGGAAAUCAAGAAUUGGGGAAAAUUCUUGGGGAAAUCAAGAAACUGGGUUUCUGCAUUACAUUCAUGAGUUUCAUUUGCCUUAACUGACAUGUUUCCCCCAGAGCUGGGGGUGUAUUAGUUCUCUAUUUCCUAGCCUUAUUUUUUCAUAUCUGACAAUCACAUUCUUGAUACAAUAUUUUAAGUCCAGUCACAUGAAAACACUAUGCUGCUAAAAACAAUGGCAAGAGUGCCCUAUUUUCCACCCCAAAUGAGUUGUGUCACUUUAUAAUAUUGGUGGUUGUUGGUCAACUGUUUUAAGAAGCACAGACAUUGUUUUGUGGCACUUUUAAUCCACUGCUUAUUGAUUAUGUUUUGCAAUCCUUAUUUAUAGUGUGAUCCUGUGAGGGGUAGGCUGCUAUUAUUUCUGGAAACCAGGGCAGACCAAACCUUUCUGCCCGCCCCCCAAAAGCCACCUGGCAAGACUAUGUCUGAGUUAAGAUUUGAACCCAGGUUCUAAUACUCUGUUCACCAAUCAUCAACAUUUCACUGUAAUUUCAGUAUGCCUGACAUACCUAUUUCAUUGCUACUGCUUUUCAUGUAUGGUAAACCAAUUUUAAUGUCACAGUGAAGACCCCUUUGUACUGGUAUCAAUAGAUCUACCUCUGUACUCAGCAAAAUUGUUAGCCAGCAUAGACCCUGGCCUUUGUCCAUGUUCAAAAUAAUACACAAUCAAGUGAGUGUUGUCCUACCAAUGUGGUAGUAACUUUAUAUGAUAACUAUUGUCUAGAUGUGUUAGACACAACAUAGAAUUGAAACAUGCCAUACAGCCGAGUCUUGUUUAGCUGCAGGUGAUGUUCAUCUUUGAACUGAAAGGAGAAGGAGAUCUAAUGCUUGAUCUGAACGUUUUGCUUUGAAAGACCCACCAACAGUGGGAUUUGCAGAGUAAAGUCUGUGGUUUUCAAGCUGUUUUCCGGGAAGACCUGGGGUUGCUUAGAAGCUUAUCAUGACUUUCUCAGUGAAAGGAUCAAUAACAGGAGACAAGCUUUCCUGAAAGGCAGCUUAGCAAGCACUACCAGUCUUCCCUACAGCAAGAAUGAAAGCAUCUGGUAUAUUGUAAAUUUCACUCUCAGCUCAUAUGGGACAAUACUGAGAAGGUCAACAAGCCUGGCUGAAGCCCCAGAUGAACUAAGCUGACUGUGUACUCUAUACCAGUGUUUCCCCAGCUUGGGUCUCCAGCCGGUUUGGGGCUACAACUCCCAUCAUCCCUAGCUAGCAAGACCAGUAGUCAGGGAUGAUGGGAAUUGUGGUCCAAAAGCAGCUGGAGACCAAGUUGGGGAACUACUGCUCUAGAACAAGGGUGGCUAAUGCUUGGUUUGCCAGAUGUUGCUGGACUACAGUUACCAUCAUCCUUGACCAUUGGUGCUGCUGGCUGGGGCUGCUGGGAGUUGGAUAUCGCCCACACAUGCAGAGCCACAGGUUACUCACCCAUGCUCCCAAUUUUUUGAAAUUAUAUUGGGAAAUUCCUUCAGCACAGCUAUUUCAUGUGGAAAUGAGCACCUGAAUGCAGAGAGAUUGGAAACACUGGGGAAAGUGUGAUUUAGGUAUUGUUUUUAAACAACCUUUUUGCCUCUAUUGCGUUCUGUAUUGCCAAAUACCUUGUGCUCCUUUCUUAGACCUUGCACUUUCCCCAUUGUUGACACACAUCAGCACUAGUUUGGAAAAUGAUAGUGUAACAAAUCAUUUGCCUUUAAACAGGAGUGAUGUGACAGACUGCUCCUGUGACCUGGUGGCCACAGGGAACUGCAUUUGCAUUUCAAAGCAGUUAGGGGCAAUUUUGCUGUACAAUCAAAGGAUAGUACAGGCUAGUUGCAACUCUGACUUGUGAAAUUGUGCUACUCUAGAUGCAAUCUUUUUAAAAUGAUCUAGCAGCCUGGUUGUAUCACUUCUACUUAGAAGUAAGUCCCACUGAGUUAACUAGGGAUUUGCCUUCCAGUAAAGAGGCAUCGGACUUUGACUUAGGUUGCACUGACCUGGUUUUCCUGGUGAAUUCUGAAAAAAAUAAUGGCAAUAAUUCUGUGGGAGAAGAAAUGAAAUAUGCACUUCAGUUAAACAUCGUUCUUGAAUGAAUUGCAAGAUAUGGUGUUUCUCAGCCACAGAGAUCAUAGAAAAGAACAAUUUUGGCCCCCUUUUUAAAGUGCUUGAAUUUUAAAACAAAAAUCUGAAACUUUCCAGUAGCUCUUCUCUUUAGUUUUUUGAUCCGUUUUGUGUAGCCUCCAUGUUUUGGGGGAAACUAGGUAUUCAUGAGUGGUGUACAUGGAAUAACAUUCUGCAGCACAGAGUUGUAUCCAGAUAAAUCACUGCAUGUGAGGAACACACACUGUGAGUGCAACAGAAUCUUCCCUCCCUGUUUUCUCACAUGCACACCCUAAAUCUCCAGAUUUAGGAGACACCUGGGGGAGGAGGAGGGGAGUUCUGUUGUGCCAACAGAAGUCAUUCUGUGCACAUAAUGAUUUAGUUGGAUACAACCCAAAUAGUUUUAUUGAUAGAUUUAACCAGGACAAAGGAGGAUUCUUUUGCCCCAUGGAAGUACAUGCAUAUUUACACAAACAUAUUAUGCAGUGUAAUAUUUUUUUUUAAUUAAACAGGUUUAAUAACUGUGGCAUGUUUCUUGGUGGUAUUAAGCAGAACAAAAUAGUAUUAAGAUCAGCCAAUGUACACUGAUCUUGUAAAAAUAGAUUUUUAAAAAAAUAAUUCCAAUAAAGUGCAAUAAAGUCGUAUGCCUAGGAAAACUGCCAAAUUAUAUUUCUACAUUUGGAAAAUGAUUCUGGAUUACAUUGUGACUGAAGAACAUUUUUGAUGUUAGUAUUAACACAAUGUCUUGCCAGUGUUGAUGGAAUUUAUUGUACUAUUUUAAAAGUAUGCUGGAUGAAAUAUUAAAAGCAGUGACUGGCAUGAA